CGAUCACAACAUUCUCUUGUGUUCUGCAUUUUCUACAGACGAUCAUCUCUUCUUCCUGCUCUCCCGCAUACUUAGAGAUGAUCACCCUUUCUCUGAUCGCGCAGCUAAAAUUAAAAUCAGCUGCAGAAGCCACUCUUUCCCACCUCAUCUGCGCCAAGCAUUCGCACAAUUGCGAGCAUCCCUCCCCACCGACAGUUUUUCCUCUAAAUAAAAACUCUUGCACACCGUCUGGCCUCUAGUCAUUUGGCUUGAGACAAUCCGUGAGCAAAGAUCACCCAAUUUUCCCGCGCAAAUAAAAAUCCACAAAGAUCGAGUCAGUUGACGAUUGAAAUCGCAUUUGAAUCGAGUCUGUGAGGAAAAUUCCCAAAUUUUAUUUCUGUUUUCUUUUGCCAAACCUAAAUUUUCCGUGAUAAAGUGCUCAGUUCAGCAAUUUUGGAGAAAUUCCCUGAGACAAUUUAUAUAAAAGAAAGAAAAAUUGUGUUCUUGCGUGUGCAGCAUUUUCCCACCAUCGAUCACUUUCUAAGAUCACAAACGAAAAACAAAGUUUCGAGACAUCUCUGUGAAUAAAAAAAAAAUAACAAGUGCUCGGAAAUUGCAAAAAAAAAUCCAAAAGAAAAUUGACUCUUCAACUUCACGGCUCUGUGGAGGAGAAUUUACAAGACUUUUUUCCAGACUGCACAAGUCCUGGUGGGAGGCUUCUGACAGAAGUGAAGGAAGUGAUCGUGUUCGGAGAGAAAUUCCUCAGAGGCAGCUUUUUGUUCAUCGCGAGACGGCAGUUUGAGUAAAUAGGCGGAAAUGACGGAUGUUGAUCAUGAAUUGGGAGCCAUUAGGCAUCUUGUGGAUUCCCCUCUGUCUUCCAAAGUGGCAAUGUUCAACAAUGUUGCAAAAAGGCACAAUGAUUCCCAGCUCCUGAAUCCCUUCUCAGAUGUCGAUGGACGAAGAUCACCCAGACCACAGUUCAGCAAAGACGAAUAUGGAAAGCCCGUGGCGGGAAGUUUAACUGAGUUUCGGGGACAAAAGGCAAAUCUACAUGUCUACCGAGAGAUGAUGGAGCUGUGUGAUGUGAUCAAUUCCAGUGGGGCGCCUCAGUCUUCAGAAGAUGAUGGCCUCAAAUACAUCUUCUUCGGCGAGCUCUUUAAUAUUUACGUGCACAUCUCGGACAAAGUAGUGGGAUUGCUCCUGAGAGCCCGAAAGCACAAAUUGAUCGAUUUCGAGGGUGAAGUUCUGUUCCAGCGUCGAGAUGACGAUGUUCCCAUCUUCAUGCUGAAGACAAUGGAAGAAAUCCGGGCCUAUGUUCGCGAGAAGGAAGACGAAGUCAGACGGAGUAUCAGCCCAAAUCCUCAGGCAAUGCUCCAGGGCGGACACUUCGAUCCACCCUCUCAGUAAAGUCCCCUCCCAAGAAAUGUCCCCGAAUGCAGCAUUUCUUCAAUUGAAUCAACUAAAGCAAAACCACGCGCGAUUGUUGAGAUUCCCGUCAAUUAAAAUUGCACCACGACCAAAUUAUGUAAUUUAAACAAAAAAAAAAAGAACAAAAACUUACUUUAUAGCCAUUAGAUUUUAUGAGUCAUUAAUUUAAAAAAAAAUCGAAAGACGCGGUCUUUUUCUUUUUAUCCCCUAGAUUCGUUCAAGUAGAAAAUUUUUAUGUUCCUCUCGUUGUCUUAAAAAAAAGAAUUAUUUUCUAUAGUGUUUAAGAUUGGAGGGAAAUGAAUAGUUUUUUGCAGUAUUAAAUUUAAUUAUGAGAAAGAAAAUAGAUGUUUUUUUUUUCUUUUCUUUUCUAUGUAAAAUAAAAUCGAACUGAAAUAGAACAAAAUAAAA